GUUCGGAACCCGACGGGAUGCCGAUUGUGACGUCCCGCGGGUCCGGCCGCUCUGAGCCUGUGUUGCGCCCGCAGGGGGAGCGAGCCGCCUGCCCCUACGAUGCUGGUCACCAGAUGCCCCGCGCCGCCCUGGCAAAGCACGUGGCGUCCUGCCGGCUGAGGAGGCUGGAGUACUCCAGAGAGGAGCAGACUGAAAUGUAUGACUCUGCAUUUUACUAUGAGAAAGCAAAGAUACCCACCGUUACUAUGGAUAAGGAGCUACAAUUUAACAUUAUUAAACAAGCUAAAGCUUUAAGUACAAAAGAAGGUGGAAGCUACAGUGAAGUUGUAGGUGCCUAUUCAUCACUGCCUGUUGAAGUUCCCCAAAAUCACAAACGUUUCAUCUGUGACCUGACUCAAGCUGAUCGUCUUGCAAUCUAUGAUUAUGUCCUUGAAGAGACAAAGAAACAAAGGUCCAGAUCGCAGACCACUGAAAAUGACAGUGAUCUCUUUGUAGAUUUGGCAGCUAAAGUCACGCAAGAUGAUGGUCAAAAAGGUCCAAAGUCCCAUCUUGAAAUCCUGGCAGAAAUGCGGGACUAUAAAAGACGACGGCAGUCAUACAGAGCUAAGAAUGUUCAUAUAACAAAGAAAUCUUACACUGAGGUCAUCCGGGAUGUGAUUGGUGUGCACAUGGAAGAACUCAGCAGCCACUGGCAAGAGGAAGGCAGAACAGAUACUGCAGAGAUGUGUGAAGGAGGAAAAUCUUCCACUUCAGGAAAAUCUUCAGGAAGAAACGAGAGACGGUCAGCAUCCGUAGACUCUCGACAGUCUUGUGGAAGCUCUAAAGAUGUUGAUCGAGCUAGACAUAGGAGAAAUCCCAGCAGAAGUCCAGACAAACACAAAAGAAGACGAGAGAGAGGCAAAGACAGGGAUUCCAAGAGAAAGAGAGAGAGGGAUGAAGAGAAGUAUCACAGCCAUGCAAGAAGAAAAUAGAGGGACUCUAAAGAAGAUGUGUGUGUCAUCUGUUAAAGAAAUAGACAUAACCUGGAUCAUUGAGAACUGGGAAUAUCAGCAGUAUGCUGAUGACAAUACAUUGUGAAUUGAAGGUUGUAGCCACAAUUGGCAGGCUGCCAAUGCCAUCCUUCCUUCUUCCUGACAACCUUAUCAUGGUCUCGUGUCUCAGAUGGAUUUUUCUCUUUGUGUCAGGUGACAUGUAAUUUUUUGUAUUGCCUUUGACUGAUAAAUAUAAUUUUUACAUUAUCAUUUUUCAUUCAGCCCAUCUUGAUACAAUGAUUGAAGCAAGCAAUGAGGAUUCAGAUUUGUGCAAGUUCAUAGUGACUUUGGGAGGAUGCUGUGUAGCAGGGGUUCUUAAGCUUUUCUUUCUGAGCUCCCCCCCUCCCUUGCUAUACCAGGCCCACCUCUGCCACAGCUGUUUUCUGCGUAUAAAAGCCAGGACCAGCAUUAGUAGCAAGCAGAACAAUUGUCUGGGGCUCGACACGACAGAAGGAAACAUGAAGCUAAGUAGUGUAUGCUUUGACUUCAGUCCCAGAUGGCAGGCUUUGGGGCCCCAGGUUUCAGCCCCAUAUAGUGGAUCUCUGUCUUUUCACUCUGGGCCACAGCAAGUAUAAUAGCAGCCUUGCUUGGCAAACCCUCUGAAAUCUUGCAGCUCGCUGGGAUGCCUGGAACCCUGGAUAAGAACCAUUGCUUUAAAGUCUUACACCUCAAACACCCUAAAUAGCUGAGACAUCUUCAACCAGUACCUUAGAGUCUGACUGUAAAAUGGAGGUUAUGAUGCCUUGUCCCCUUUAUAAAGCAUUUUGAGGCAUUCAUGUUAACAGCACUCUAUGGGCACCAAGUCUUUUUUUUUGUUUGUUUGUUUGUUUAUUGGGAGCAUUUCCAUCAAAAGAGCUCUCUUGUUUCUUGGGAGUAAAAUCGGUAUCAUCUGCUUAUUUUUCUCUGUCACAUUCCCCUGUGCCAUCAAUAAAUAAAUAAAUAAAUAAAUAAAUAAAUACCUUGUUUGUUUGCACUUA